AUGGCCGAAGCUUCCGCCGAGGCGCACACCGCUCCUGUCACCGACAGCAAGCCGGAGUCCAAUGGCGCAGAGAAGAGCAAUGGCGGCGACGAAAAGGUAAGCAAUGGCGAGGCGAAGAGAGUGCACGAUGAGGACAACCCCGAGCGUUAUGAUAGCCGCGACAAGAGAGAUCGUGGUGGUGGUGACCGCCGGGACGAUCGCGGCGGUGGUCGCGAUGGAGGACGGGGUAGGGGACGUGGUCGCGGCAACGGACGUGGUCGUGGACGUGGGUUCGGUGCACGUGGUGGUGGAUCGCGCGGUAAUUAUCACAAGAAGGACAACGUACGCACCGAUUUCGGUCGCAAGGAAGAGAGCAGCGACCAGACCGAGAUUCGUCGCCAGGUUGAGUUCUACUUCUCCGAGUCCAACCUCCCGAUUGACAAGUUCCUGCUUGAGGAGACUGGUGGACCCGAGAACAAGCCAUUUCCGCUCAAGACUCUGCAUACCUUCAAGCGCAUGCGCCACUUCCAGCCAUUCAGCGCUGUCGUGGAGGCUGUCAAGGGCAGUGACUUUCUCGAGGUCAACGACCAGGAUGAGGUGUACCGCAAGGAACCGCUUGAUAGCAAGUUCACCACCGAUGUGAAGAAGAACGCGGAGCYACUCACCUCUGUCAGCAUGAACCGCAGCAUCUAUGCCAAGGGCUUCGGCGAGGAGACACGCACGACUGUGUUUGAUAUCGAGGAAUUCUUCUCUCCAUACGGUACCCGCGGCGUGCGUCUUCGUCGCGAGGAGGAUGGUACUUUCAAAGGAUCCGUCUUUGUGGAGUUUGUCGAUGCAGACUCUGCCAAGCAAUUCCUCGACAUGGAGGAGAAGCCCAAGUUCAACGACAAGGAACUGGAAGUCAUGAGCAAGCAGGCAUACGUCGAAGGCAAAAACCAAGCCAUUUUGGAGGGCACCGUCAAGCCCAAGUCUCCAACUCGCUAUGGAGGCAACCGCCACAACAACCAUGGUAACGGCAAUCGUGGGCGUCGUGGCUCAUUCCAGGGCAAGCGUAAGCGCGAGAACGACGACGAGGAUGACGGGGACAAAGACAACUGGCGCAGCCGCCGCGACAAGUUCCAGCGUGGUGGAGGUCGUGGACGGGAUCGUAGCGACAGCCGGUCUCUCUCUCGCUCUCGCUCUCGCUCUCGCCGCUCUCGCUCUACCUCUCGCAUGCCUUAUCAGGCACCAAAGAAGGAAGAAGGCGUCGAGGAGAAGAAAGAAGACGCCAAGAUGGAGGAUGCUGCUGAGUCGAAGAAGGAGAAUGUCUCUGCUGAGAUCAAGGCAGACAUCAAGGUCGACGAGCCAACUUCCACCGACACGAAGAAGGGUGCCGAGGAGACCUCUGCUUAG